CCAAUUCAAUCGCACAUAAACAAUUCGCAGAAUUCCUCGGUUGUUAUUGAGUAGGAUCGCACUCAUUUAUAAUGUGUGAAUACACGCACACAUGUGCCGUUGUGUGCACUGUGUGUAGCGCAGUGAAAAAUUCAUAAACAAAAAUAUUUCACAAAGCCAAAUUCACUGAACAAUAUAGCGCAGUUCCUUGGCAAAAUCCCAUUGAAAUAUCAAGUGCUUUGCAGUCUCGUUCCGAAUUUAUAUACGAAAUUAUUGUUGAUUAAUUGUGGCAAUGCGUUCAAUUCGCAAAAAACUUGUAAUUGUUGGCGAUGGUGCUUGUGGCAAAACGUGUCUCUUAACGGUCUUCUGCAAAGAUAAUUUCCCAUUGGAUUAUGUGCCGACAGUCUUCGAAACAUAUGUGGCAGACGUUGAGGUUGAAGGAUCUCAGGUGGAAUUGGCCCUAUGGGACACAGCUGGUCAGGAGGAUUACGAUCGCUUAAGGCUACUCAGCUAUCCUGAUACCGAUGUUAUUGUCAUGUGCUUCUCCAUCGAUCUGCCCGAUUCAUUGGAAAAUAUUCAAGAUAAAUGGAUACCAGAAGUCAAACAUUUUUGCCCCAAUGUUCCCAUCAUUUUGGUGGGCAAUAAACGCGACUUGCGCUACGAUCAUGAAACCAUAAAGGAAUUGGCAAUGAGAAAGCAAAUGCCUGUCACAGCUGACGAAGGACUCACAAUGGGCGAAAUUGUUAAUGCCUUUGCAUAUUUAGAAUGUUCUGCCAAGAUGCAGGAAGGUGUUCGAGAGGUCUUUGAAACAGCGACUAGGGCUUCAUUGCAAGUCAAUAAAAAAAGAAAGAAAAGGAAAUGUGUGCUGCUUUGAUCACGAGUAUGUUUUUAAAAGUUAUAAAUCGAUAUGAUCAAUCAUAUAAAACGAUCAAUAUUUACAUUUUUAUGUUGAGCGGUUUACAAAUGUAAAAGUGACGUUCAAAUUAAAUUAGAUUAAAAGCGAAAUAAAUCAACUAUUUUGGGAAAUUUAUUUAUUUUUUAAUUUUCCC